CGCAGCUUGCGGGGCUGUUUGUCUGCCAGCCGAAUGGCUAUGGACAUACGCCGUUGCUCCAUAGCUAGGUGUCUGACGUCUGGCGCGCCUGUCUCAGCGGUUUUGAAGCGGCGCUGCGACGAGGGCGUCGGCGCUGCGGCCGCGACGGGCGCUUACGUCGCACCGGUCGCGUUCAGGCGCCGCGCGCCUGGAGUCGCUCGGGUGGCGGGACUGAGCGAAAUUCCAUCAAGCAGCACGCCGCUGCCGCAGCUGCCCACGCGGGGCGUCGGCGACAAGGGCGUCUCCGACCAAUACGCCGAUGAUGGCUACGUGGUGCCCGCGCCCGAGAAGUGGGCGCAGCACCCAAUGCUGAUGGCAGGCUGCGAGCCCGGCAAACGGCUGCGUGUGGCGGUGCUGCUGAGCGGCGGCGUGGACAGCAGUCUGGCUCUGCGGCUGCUGGUGGCGGCUGGGCACGAUGUCACCGCCUUCUACCUACAGAUCUGGUUCCAGGAGGACUUCAGGAACUUCUGGGAUGCCUGCCCCUGGGAGGAGGAUCUGGAGUACGCGCGCAAGGUGUGCGAAGCGCUGGGCGUGAAGCUGGAGGUGGUGCCGCUGACCACGCAGUACUGGGACCGCGUGGUCGCCAGCAGUGUGGCCGAGAUCCGGGCGGGGCGCACCCCCAACCCCGACAUCUGGUGCAACAGCCGCGUCAAGUUCGGGGCCUUCUACGACCACCUGGCUCAGCGGCACGGAGCGGAGUUUGACAGGGUGGCGUCCGGGCACUACGCGCGCGUGGAGCGGCGGGUUGUAGGUGGUGUGGGUGGGAGUGGGGGAAGGAGUGGGAGUGGGAGUGGGAGUGGGGGAAGGAGAGUAGGCGUGGAGGAGCGGGAGCGGGAGGCGGAGGAGGGGUUGGAGGCGCGGCGGCGGAGCGGCGGCCUGGCGGUGGCGAGCGGGCGAGGCGACGGCGGCUCCAGCAGCAGCAGCAACAGCAACAGCACUAGCAGCAGCGGCUCAGGACACGGACAGGUAGGACAGCAUGAGGUGGCGGCGGCGGCGGCGGUGGAGGAGGAGGUCCGGCUGCUGCUGACACCAGACGCGGUCAAGGACCAGACCUACUUCCUGUCUGGUCUGACUCCGGACCAGCUGUCGAGGGUCAUGUUCCCGCUGGGCUGCCUGACCAAGUCGCAGGUCCGCAAGCUGGCCGCCGCCGCCGACCUUGCCAACAAGAACCGCAAGGACAGCCAAGGCAUCUGCUUCCUGGGCAAGGUCCGCUUCUCUGAGUUUGUGAAGGAGCACCUCGGCGAGUGGCAUGGCCCGCUGCUGGAGGCAGAGACGGGGCGGCCGCUGGGCACACACGCCGGCUAUUGGUUCUACACAGUGGGGCAGCGCGGCGGCAUAAAGCUGCCCGGCGGGCCCUGGUACGUUGUGGCCAAGGACACGGCCCGCAACGUGGUGCUGGUCUCCCGCAGCUACUACGACUGCGAGGGCGGCAAGGCACGCAACGCGUUCACCUGCGGCCCCUUCAACUGGCUGCACCCGCGCCUGAGGCCCCGGCUGGGCGCGGGCGUGGGAGCGGGGUUGCGGGUGGGAGCGGGGUUGGGGGCGGCUGCGGAGCAAGGGGUGGAGCAUGUGGUGGUGGCGGCUGCGGAGCAGGGGGCGGAAUCGGAGCCGGAGCCGCUGUUCGUCAAGGUGCGGCACGGCCCCAACAUGUACCGCUGCACGCUGCGCCUGCACGACGGCUCCGGAGCGCCCGUCAGCAGCAGCAGCAACAGCAGCAGCAGCAGUAGCAGCAGCAGCAGCAACAGCGGUGACGGCAGCAGCCAUGGCACGGCAGUAGCAGGUGCACGACAUCAGUAUGAGGAGGAAGGGGAGUUGUACGGCACGGUGGUGCUGGAGGCGAACGACCAGGGGCUGGCGCCGGGGCAGUACGCUGUGUUUUACCAGGGCGGCACGUGUCUGGGCAGUGCGGUCAUCACAGGCACUGGCCUCGACGCCGCGGCCCUGGCGGCAGCGGGGCUGAGGCCGCCGGUGCCGGCGUGAGGGAGCUGUGAGGAGGCAACAAGGGUAUAGAAUAAGGAGAAGGAGUAGGUGGAGGGGGUGAAGGAGGAGGUUUUACGGUGUGGAAGUGGGAUGGGCGUCCGGGCCAAGGGAGUUGGUGGACCAGUGCUCGGCGGGAUUGCGACUUCACCGUGAAUGACGAAAUGAUGUCUUGCGGCACAUGUAUCUUUCAAUUUUCAAAAGG